ACGUCACGGCCGACGUCACCCUUGACGUCAUCAACGAUUGCUCCUGCUCCCCCUUCCCACCAUUCCUUCCCGUCAACGGCGAGCGGAGAGGGUCGGCAAGCGUUGCGGAGUUCGGACGGCAUCUUUCGCGUCGUCGGUGCGGUCGGAGUCGUAGGAAUGGUGCGUGCGGGCGUCCAAGACCAACAGGAUGCCGUCGCCUGGCAGAGCCAGGCCCUCACUGUGGUCGGCCUUCUGGGCCUGGCAGUGUUCGCGGCCAUCGUAGCGGUCGUCGGAAGGAAGCUGUACCGCUCGCGGAGGGACCAGCGAAGUGGCACGAGGCAGCAGCAGCCCCUGUCCACGCGGUCUCGCCUGUUCUCGCGGGACCGGCUGAACACGACCGACUACAUGCACACCCUGGCGACCCUGGACCGGAAGCUGGCCAUGGACGAGAUCCUGGAGAAGCGACGCCGCGCCGUGUUCCUCCAGCAGAUCCGCUGCCACACCCCGGGAGACGAGGACGACGUCUUCCUCGAAGAGGUCCUCUUCUGUCCCGAACCAUCCGAGAGACCGUCCCCCAACAACAUCGACUCCGCGGCAGUCGGAGCCAGCAGGCUCUGAGUGCGGACUGCUGCGUGACACCAGACAGUGACGCCUCCUGGACGUACCGUUGUCCGUCCUCAAGGCCACAACUGCGCGGGCAGAAAACAAAUCGAGCUUCGUCGAACGGUCCAGUCUUCAGCGAAGUCGACGCUCCGCGGAAGCUGGAAGCUAUAGGAACGUGAACUCUGUUGGUGUUGUUGACUUGGCAGAGUUGUUGGGAUUGCUGCGGUGCCUUCUUCGUCGAAGGUGCUCUGGUGUGUUCCCUGGUGCACGAGCGCCCUUGUGCAUACCUUGCGUGGCCGGAUACGAGUUGCAUGCUUCCGCUUCUGUCGGUCAAACUUCAUCAGUUCAGUGCUCGCCGCAGAAGUCCCGUACGAUGAAGACGUGCUGUUCACUUUGUCAUCGUAUGCCAUCCGCACCUGCUAGGUUAUCUGUUUCUACCGUUGUGACAGUGCCCUGCCGAGGUUGACAACGCUCGUAAAAUGAGCUGAUUGUAUACGGUGUUUCGAUACAAAAUGACGAAUUUGAUACAUCUGAGUUUAUUAAAGAUUCGCAGUAGUAGGUAGAACGCCUCCAUGGAAAGUUGCAGCCUUCACAGCUGCAAUGAACAGUCAUAUGCGUGCUGCAAAUUUGGGCUACUGGGUAAUCCACUCUUAAAAACAUCGAACGCAUGUUCCGCCACACAAUUGUGAUCUGAGCAAGGAACUGGCAGCUUACUUUUGUUUUUAGGCUUUAGGGAAGGGGGGCGGGCGGGGGGGGGGGGGGGGGUGCACGGUUUUUGAUAACAUGUUAGCCAAUGAGUCAGUUUGCUAGUGUAGGUUUCAUGUGAACUUUAUGUAAGGCUUUCCACAAGACUCCACUUUGUAGUAUUUCCAUGUACAUUCCUGUACAAACUCAGGCGCUCGCAGGAAGCCGGUUCGAUGCUUACCACGAAGUGCCUCAGAUCUGCUCAGUGCCUUACUCUAAGCUGUUGAUUUCGACUGCUGGCGAUAAAAACCGCAUUUCUCUCCCUGUCAUUCUUGGAACUUCAAGUCCUUUGACAACCUUAUUGAUGCGGGCGAAGACAAACAUCUAGAUGUGUCAUGUAGGUAGACGUUCUUUCUACAGUUAAUCGGCGGGACCAAAAUGGGGAUAUUUUAUUUUUUUCUUUCCAAGUGGCACUUUCAAACGCGGAGCGGAUAUGUGUAAGGUCCCUCGAUACAUGGACUGCAUGACUCGCGCUACCGAAAGGUUCCGUUUUUAGUUUCGCUACUUACGUUCUAAUCUGGCGGGAACAAGGUUCAUAUUUUGAAUAAAUAAAGAUGCGAAUGGACGAA